AUGUCUACUUCAGACGAUUCAGAUUCGAACACAAGCUCUAGGAGUGUUUCUGAAGAAGUGGAGAGCGAAAUUGAGGACGAUUUUGGCGUAGUUGGCGGCCUCGUGGAGCCAUAUCGUUUCGAGCCUAUUGCCCCGGAAGACUAUGAAGAGCCCGAGGAAGAAGAAGACGAAGACGGUUUAACUCCGGCUAUAUUAGAGGCUAGAUCUGAAAAUCAGAUAACCCUUGAUACAUGGUAAGUAAGAUAUGUAACGAUAACACUUCAGGCCGAGCGAAUUUAGUUUUCUACGAACUUCAUGCAUACAACAAUAAUAGUUAUAUGCAUUAAGUUCUCUUUGUUUACGGUUUGUUCUUCACUAAGUAACUAUAGUAACUUACGUGUUUCCCUUCUAAAUUCUUCUAAAUUUUGUAGGUGUGAAUGUGGAAACUGCAGUACUGAGCUUUUGUCCAAUGCCUUGGAGUUCCGUUGUUGCAAGGAGGUCGCCGCAGCCAUGGCAAAACUUACCUUUGAGGGAAUAGAAGGAAGUUGCGUUCUCGACCACACGGACUUCGACGCGCUAACAAAUGCGACUGUACUCGAGCAAGUUUGCCCUCUUUUGAAGGACAGAAAGGGUCGCAGCUACAAAUUUCCUAGCCGAGGAACUCAAAAUGCUAAGAAUGAGUAAGUAUUUGUGCUUCUGUUCAAUAGCACCUAAGUUCAUUCUUACCACAUUCACUGGUUAACCUGAGUUAAUGUCUGGAUGCAGCUGCUGGAUGGUGAACUGUCAGAAUCGAAAAAAAAAAUAAAACCUACAAAGGAAUUUCUAAGGAAUCUUCCACUAUUUUGCGUGACGAAGAGUUAUCCCUCGUUAAACUACAGUCUGCAAUGUUUGCAGGUGUGAAAUCUCCUCAGAGGAAUUAAGAAAAAUGCAACUGACAUGUCAGUCAGAAUAAAAUAAUAAGACUGUUACAUGAGUGAAUGGUGUGAUGAUGCCUAGCCAAAGUUAACGUUAAGCAAUAUUUUUGGUUAGUGAUAUUGUAGGAUUUUAGAGCAAGCCAUAGAAAAGUUCUUUUUGUUAUAAAUAUGUAAUAAAUAUUUUUCCNUUGCCCUCUUUUGAAGGACAGAAAGGGUCGCAGCUACAAAUUUCCUAGCCGAGGAACUCAAAAUGCUAAGAAUGAGUAAGUAUUUGUGCUUCUGUUCAAUAGCACCUAAGUUCAUUCUUACCACAUUCACUGGUUAACCUGAGUUAAUGUCUGGAUGCAGCUGCUGGAUGGUGAACUGUCAGAAUCGAAAAAAAAAAUAAAACCUACAAAGGAAUUUCUAAGGAAUCUUCCACUAUUUUGCGUGACGAAGAGUUAUCCCUCGUUAAACUACAGUCUGCAAUGUUUGCAGGUGUGAAAUCUCCUCAGAGGAAUUAAGAAAAAUGCAACUGACAUGUCAGUCAGAAUAAAAUAAUAAGACUGUUACAUGAGUGAAUGGUGUGAUGAUGCCUAGCCAAAGUUAACGUUAAGCAAUAUUUUUGGUUAGUGAUAUUGUAGGAUUUUAGAGCAAGCCAUAGAAAAGUUCUUUUUGUUAUAAAUAUGUAAUAAAUAUUUUUCCCCUAGGAGCUAUCGUGCCACUGCAUACCGCUUUUUAGUGCGAUGGAUAUUUGGACCACUUGGAUGGAAUAACAGUAGACCACUUCCAGCAUGUAUCUACCACAAAAUCAGGCAAAAGUUCCAGACUGCCUCCACCAGAGGUUACAGUUCCGCAGAACGUAGGCAAGGUGAAGCCAGUGCAAGAUAG